AUGGGACAUAUUAGACAAUCUGCCGAUGUACCAAUAAAUGAGAACCACGAAUUUUGUCGACUAGGAGUACCAGAUGAUAUAAAAGACCUUCGCUGGCGGGAUCUCAAAGUCCCGGACGAGUUUCUCGACAUAGGUGGCAAGCAUUACAGCUAUCAAGCAGUAUACAUGCCCAAUGGAUCGGUCCACAGCGUGUGGAUGGUUGAUUAUGUUCCGGACAAUUAUAAAUUUGAGAAGUGUGACAAAUGUUAG